GAGGUAUGUACGUACAUACGUGGUUUGCACGGUGUUCAGCCCCUUUUUCGACAAACGUUCCCCAAAUCGAUCGACGCAGGGUAAAACCAAGAUACGCCGUCGCACUGAUGAUCCCUUGGCACCGGUUCCGACCGAGGGAUCACGUGACGUUUGUACUGCGUAAUUUUCCGCCCCGACAUCUUGCGUCGAAAGUUUCAAGCUCGAACGGUCCACGUGACUACGAAAAACAUUGACCAUUUGGCGUCGGAAGGCCGCCCCUGUUAUACGUACCCACGCACACGCAUGGAGAACUGGCAGUGUCACUUAUGCCUUAAGCGUUCGCGGUGAUCGUAACUUCGUGACCCUACAUUGGCUUGUUAAACCGCGUUUUUCCAUCGGUAAGGGAGCGAGACGAACCUGCGAGCAUGGGGGAACCCGAGGAAGACACAUUCUGCAAGAAGAUGCGGAAGGCCACCAGAGACAUCCAUGCAGUAAGCGACGCGCUCGUUAACGCGAAGCUUGCAUUUGCAUUUUCCGACAGUGGCGUAUGGGCUGAUGGUUUGUUGGUAUUCUACGAGGUUUUCCGAUAUUUGGAGGGAGCAAUGAUCAGGUUAAAGAACACGAAAGUCGGAUCCCUCAGACUUCCCGGUCUCCAAAGGACCGAGGCUUUUGAAUUGGACCUGGAGUACUACCUCGGCAAAGGCUGGAUGAAGAAUUACACCCCGAGGGACAGCGUCGUCAAGUACCUGAUGCGUUUAAGGCAACUCGAGGACGCGGAUCCGAAUCAGCUGAUGGCGUACAUAUAUCAUUUGUACAUGGGUUUGCUGAGCGGAGGUAUAAUACUGCGAAAGAAGAGGCAGCUGAUGAGAAAACUUUCGCCGUUUAAAGACGUGCCAAUGGGGGGUGACUGCGUUACGGAUUUUGGCGAAUAUAACGUAUUUCAGCUGAAACGCGACCUGCGUAAUACGAUGAACGACAUCGCGGAUACCCUUGACGAAGACACGAAGAAUAAACUGAUAGAAGAAAGUAAGACUGUAUACGCUUUGAACAACGAAAUAAUAAGGAGCGUUAGAGGUGCGGGUCCAGUCGUUAUAAAGAAAGUAAUCUACUUCGUAAGCAUUUUCGUAUUUUUACUAUUCAUAUUCUUCGUUCUCUUCAAGUAAUCGUCGAAUUUGUUUUUUUGCUUUUCUUUUCUUCGUUUUUUUCAACGAUUGUCGUGGGUUGUAUUAGACUGAUCGUGAGAAAACAUGUAUAUACAUGUACAUAUACAUACACUUACGUAUAUACACGUGUAAAUGUAUAUAUAUAUAUUAUAUAUGAUAAUGUUAACGACGAGUUAUUUAAUAAUUUAUUUAUACAAAGUAUAAAAUCUGGACGAGAAAAUUUUCAAAAUUUAAUAACCUUAUACAGUGCGUUAUAGUUUCGUAAGUUGCGAGAGUAUGCAUAAGUAAAAUUUAGUAAGUAAUAAUGCAGAUAUAUAAUAUAUAUGCGAGGAUUUACCGUUAAUUAGAAAGUCUGAAGAUAGAGCAUCACAUCUUUUCGUAAAUUUUGUGAUAGUAGUUUUAAGAUUUACAAACUCCAAGGUGUCCAGCUGCUGCAGUGAACAAUUAACAAUUACAAUUUCAAUCACUUGCAAUG